AUGAGGAGAAAUGGGAAGAGGAUUGAAUUGUGGAUGAGUGAAGAUCAGAGACAGGUGCAUGAUAGAAUCCAAAAAAAUAUGUACUGUCGCACUAGAAGAAGUCUUGAGUUUGUUAUUAAGAAGAUGGAUAAUAUGAGUGAAUUACAAAACAGAAAAAGAAAACACAGUAAGCAUGCAAGUGAUGUGACACGUGUAAACAAAAACGUCAGGUGUAGUAGUGCUCCAAGAACAGUGCAAAAAGGGAAAGAGAUGAGUGCACAGUGUAACAAGGUGAUUGGAAAAAUCGAGCAAUCUGAAGCCAGAAAUUCAAAGAAUAGUGAAGCAUGUGAAAAGAGUCUAGAAAAAUUAAGUAAAAUUCAUAACAAGCAAUGCUGGUGGUGUGAUCAGAGUAUAAAGUCAUUUGAAACCCAUGUGCAGUGUGAUAGCUGUGACAUUUGGUAUCAUGUGAAAUGUAUGAAUUUCUCAAAGAUGGACCAGUUGUUGACCAACAAAGCUGUGGCACGGAUGUGUCGAAAAUGUGGAAGAAGUUCUUUUUCAAAGUCACUUUUGUAUGAUCUUGGUAUUCCAACAGAUAUAAAUACAUUUGAGUUGACACACAAGGAAGAUGAGGCAGACAAGGAUGCUCUUGUGGACAGAAUGGAUGCAGAUGAUAGCAUUGAAGACGAACAGAUGAACAACGUGAACGGUGUAAGUGGCCUGAAAAUGAAGAUAUGUUCAGCUAGGAUAGGGCAGGGGACAGGUUUGAGAAAAAUACAUGUAACUGAGGGCACGGGACUAAUAAUUAAGCAGACUGGUGGUUAUUCAUUGAGGAAAAGGAAAGGCCAGUCUUCAAAUGAUCAGGAUGGAAGGAAAAGAGAAAGGGACAAAAUUGUAGAAACAAGAAGUGCAAUGUGUACUAGAAGUAAAAAGGUUGUGGGUAGUGUCAGUAAAGGCAUUGAUUCUGAUGAAAAGAAGUGUCAAGAAGGAAAUGUCCAAAAAGAUCAGGCAGUGGCAUUGGAAAUAAAACAGUCUAAGACAUAUGAAUUGCGAAGUAGGAAAAGACAGGCAUUGUGUGCUAGUGGAAGUUGUGAAACAAAAAGUGGAGCUAAGAAAAUGAAAUCUAAAACUGAUGAUAAGAGUAUCGGUAUGUGUACAAAGAAGCCAGGUGUGUUACAUCAAACACGUAAAUCAAUGAAAUGGAAGUGUGAGGAAGUGCCAAUCAGUGAUGUAACUGAACUGGGCAAUAAUAUGCAAAAUAGAACAGACACAAACUGUAGAGUAUUGGCUGAAAGGACAGUGCAAGGUAACUUCCACCAAGGUGAUCUGAGAUUUGGUUUUAACAGUGGCAAACAAUGUGUUGCAAACAGUUUGUGUGCCAUUUUGUACAGUAGAACCAAGUUACUGAAAGACUGUGAUUGGGAGAAUCCAUUGUCUGAAGUUGAGGAUACUGAGGAAAAUGAGGAUGAUGUCAGAAAGGAAGUUGGGGAUAAGAGUGAUGACAGUGAUGAUGAACAAGGAGGAGGUGAUGAUGAGGAAACAGACGAUGAUCGUUUGAGAGGCAUGGCAUUGGAUUCGUGUCUUCAACCAAUUGAUAUAGGCCAAGAAGUGCUGGAUCAGUAUUUUAAUGAUGUGCUGUGUGUGGCCCCUUGUGAAGGCAAUAGUCCAAUCAGAAUUUUGAUGGAACAGGGAACAAGAUGA